AGACUACAUAAUUCUCGACACUACACCCUCGAAUUCACUUUUAGCACCCCAAGUCAAACACAUAGUACGCUACGCUGGUAUCCUUCUCUAAAGCGCUGGUAAGAAUCAGCCUCCCGCGGUAAUUCUUGACCAAAAUACAAUCAGAAAUAGAACCCGGGAAAACUAGGGUUUCUCUUAAGCCAAGUUCGAAUUUAUACGUUCCUAGAAGAAGAAGAAAAAUGGCGGAAACAAUUUGCAGAGCUUUACGAGAUGGAUCUUUAGCAGGAGAACACGCACCAGCAUUAACAAUAAAGGAUUCAAUUCCUAGUCCUUUCGGUUUUGAUGCUUUCACUCAUUUUCUCUGCUCUCUCUCCUCUAAUAUCUGUGCUGCAAAAUCUCAAUCUCAAGGUAUUGUGCUGAUUGCAUUCACUAAGAGUCCAUCUUUCUACUUUGAUUUGCUGAAUAUUAGAGGAAUUGAUGCUUCCUCUUCUUCUAAAUGGCUUAGGAUACUGGAUUGUUAUUCUGAUCCACUUGGUUGGAAAGACGGGGUUAGUGUUAGCUCUUCGACGGGGACUCUUUGUGAAAACGUGAGGGAUCUAGAUGGGUUGUUUUCUUCAGUUGUUCAACUUGGAAAAGAAAUUGUAGGACCAAGCAAAGCUCGCUUUUCUGUUGCCAUUGACUCGGUAACUGUAAUGUUAAGACACGCAGCAUUAUCUUGUGUUUCGGGGAUUAUAAGCAACCUCCGCAGCCAUGAUUAUGUUUCUUCUGUCUUUUGGUUGAUCCACUCAGACCUACAUGAAGCCAGGACCAUUGCAGUUCUAGAAUAUAUGUCAUCUAUGGUUGCCAGCUUGGAGCCGAUGACUGUAGCUGCAAAGGAGCAACAAAGCGAUUCAGAGAGUAUUUUUUCUCUGAAACAGUACUCCAGAAAAGGAAAGUUUCAUCUUCGAUUAAAGCGUCGAAAUGGAAGAGUCAAAGUGCUGAGCGAAGAGUUUCAUGUUGCACAAGCAGGCAUCAAUUUUUUUGUUAAUUCCUUAACAAAUGAUAUUGUCAGUCAAAGCCUUUUGCCAAAGGUUCAGUUUAAUCUCCAGCUAUCAGAGAAAGAACGGUCUGACAGAGAAAAUGUUGUACUUCCUUUUGAACAUCAAGAAAUGGGUAAAACUGCUGAAAUUUAUGAUGGAAGAAGAUCACUUUCUAAUUACGCAACUGAUUUAAGUACUACAUCCGCUUCAAUCUCUGAGAAGCAGCAUUCAGAGGCCAAUAUUGUUGGAAAGGGUGAAAUUCAUUACUUGCGAGACUCUGAUGAUGAAGAGACGCCAGAUUCUGACGAGGACCCAGAUGACGAUUUGGACAUAUAAUUAGGUAGAGUGGAAUUCGCUGAUCCUGGUUCUCAUCUUUUUAGUUAUUGGUUGGCUAUGGCCGUCAACGAAGAGUGUUUGCGAACCAUUCUUUCGGGUAAUCCUUUGUGACCUCAAAAGAAUUCUUGUUCAGUGAAUGAAGUGGUUGUGGUCAUCCCAGUUUGUUGUAUGUGGACCGGGAGCCACAUAGAUAGAUUCCUACCAUUCAUUACCUCUUGUACCAUACUUUUCACUAUGGUGAAUAUUGAUUCUUGAAUGUGAAAUCUUUGGUAAAAUUAAGAAAUAGCAAA